AUGGUAGUCACAAAAGAAGAUUCAGUUGGUCUCAAUAAAAAUAAUAAUCAUUACUCCAAUAAUAAUAAUAACAGUAAUAACAAUCCUAAUGCAGAUAAUUUAAUAAAUUCAAACUCAUCAUCUUCAACAGCAGCAUCAUUUACUUCAUCAAAAUCAAUUGAAGAAUUUAUUGGUGAUAUUACAAAUUAUACAACAACAGUUAAAACAAAAUCAAUUAAUUUAAAUGAUGGCGAUAAUGAUGAUAAAAAAUUAAGUGAUUCCGAUGAUUUAGAUUAUAAUCAUCAUUUUGAUGAAGAAGAUGAUGAAAAAAAUAGAUUGGAAUUGAUCAGGACAAUAACUCAAUUUUCUCAAAAAGAUGGAAUUAGUAGAUUAGAUUCAAUAUCCAAAGAAAUUUCACGUCUGAUAACUAAUAAAGAAGGGGAUUUUCAAUUAAAAUUAGAUGAAUUUAAUCUUAUGAGAAUUUUAUCAAAUUUUGUUUAUUUUGCUAAAAAACAAGGUAUAAAACUAAGAAGUAGUGGUGUUACUUUUAAAGAUCUUUGUGUUUAUGGUACUGAUGAAUCAUUUGCAAUUGUUCCAACAGCUUUAGAUUUAUUAAAAGGUCCUAUUGGUAUUAUACAAAAUAUUAUUGCUUCAGCUAGAUCUCAAGAUAAAAGAAUUUUAAAUAAUUUAAAUGGUAUUGCAAAACCAGGUGAAAUGGUUUUAGUAUUGGGUAGACCAGGUGCUGGUUGUACAACUUUUUUAAAAUCUUUAACUGGUACUGAUUUUGAUUUAUAUAAAGGUAUAGAAGGUGAUAUAAGAUAUGAUGGAUUACCACAAAAGGAAAUGAUAAACAAAUUUAAAAAUGAUUUAGUUUAUAAUCCUGAAUUAGAUGUUCAUUUUCCUCAUUUAACAGUUGAUGAAACUAUUACAUUUGCAGUUGCUUGUAAAACUCCUGAUGUUAGAAUUAAUGGAGUUUCAAGAGAUGAAUUUGUUAAUGCUAAAAAGGAAAUUUUAGCAACUGUUUUAGGUUUAAGACAUACUUACCAUACAAAAGUUGGUAAUGAUUUUGUUAGAGGUGUUUCUGGUGGUGAAAGAAAAAGAGUUUCAAUUGCUGAAGCAUUAGCUUGUAAUGGAUCUAUUUAUGGUUGGGAUAAUAGUACAAGGGGUUUAGAUGCUGCUUCUGCAUUAGAAUUUGCAAGAGCUAUUCGUACUUCAACUAAGAUUUUAAAAACUACAGCAUUUAUUUCAAUUUAUCAAGCUGGUGAAAAUGUAUAUGAAUGUUUUGAUAAAGUUACGGUUUUAUAUUUAGGUAGACAAAUUUAUUUUGGACCAAUUCAUCAAGCUAAAAAAUAUUUUGAAGAUAUGGGAUGGCAGUGUCCUCCAAGACAAACAACUGCUGAAUUUUUAACUGCUUUAACUGAUCCAAUUGGUAGAACACCUAAACCAGGUUGGGAAAAUAAAGUACCAAGAACUGCAGAAGAAUUUGAACAAAGAUGGCAAAAUUCAAAAGAAUAUCAAUUAUUACUUGAAGAAAUUGAUGAUUAUAAUGAUUCAAUAAAUGAAGAUGAAAAAAGAAAAUUAUACUAUAACUCAGUUGAACAAGAAAAAAUGAAAUAUACUAGAAAGAAUUCACCAUUUACUAUUUCAUAUUUACAACAAUUAAAAUUAUGUACUAUUAGAAGUUAUCAAAAAAUUUGGAAUGAUAAAGCUUAUACUGUUACACUUAUGGCUGCGGCUGUUUCUCAAUCAUUAAUUGCUGGAUCUUUAUAUUAUAAUACUCCGGAAACAGUAUCUGGAGCAUUUUCAAGAGGUGGUGUUAUUUUUUUCGCUGUUUUAUUCAUGUCAUUGAUGGGUUUAGCUCAAAUUUCUGCAUCAUUUGCAAGUCGUCCAAUUCUUCAAAAACAAAAAAAUUAUACAAUGUAUCAUCCAUCAGCUGAUUGUUUAUCAGAAUUUGUUUUAUCUAUUCCAAUUAGUAUUUUAAUUAAUACUUGUUUCGUUAUAAUUAUAUAUUUCUUAUCUAAUCUUGCAAGAGAAGCUGGUAAAUUUUUUAUAUGUUAUUUAUUUGUUAUAUUGUUACAUUUAACUAUGGGAUGUAUGUUUCAAGCUGUUGCUGCUAUAAACAAAACUAUUGCUGGUGCUAAUGCAAUUGGAGGUGUUUUAAUGUUGGCUUCAUUAACUUAUUCUUCAUUUUUAAUUCAACGUCCAUCAAUGCAUCCUUGGUUUAAAUGGAUUUCAUAUAUUAAUCCUGUUUUAUAUGCUUUCGAAGCUAUUAUUGCAUCUGAAUUUCAUGGUAGACAUAUGGAAUGUGAUGGUCAAUAUUUAACUCCAUCUGGUCCUGGUUAUCAAAAUUUAUCAAAUGGUGAACAAGUUUGUGCAUUUACUGGUUCAAGACCUGGUCAAGAUUGGGUUUUAGGUGAUGAAUAUUUAGUACUUUCAUUUACAUAUAAAUUUGAUCAUGUUUGGAGAAAUUUAGGUAUCUUGAUUGGAUUUUUAGCAUUUUUUUUAGCAAUUGCAUGUUUAGGAGUUGAAUAUAUUAAACCAAUGUCUGGAGGUGGUGAUAAAUUAUUAUUUUUAAGAGGUAAAGUCCCACAUAAAAUUGCUUUGACUGAAGAAGUAAGAGACAAUCAAGAUAUGGAAGCAGGACCUGCAAUCGAUCAAUUAGAUGAUCGUGAACCUAAAUUACAAACUGAUGAUGAUGAAUUAAGAGUUAAAGAUGUCUUUGUUUGGAGAGAUGUAGAUUAUGUUAUACCAUAUGAUGGAAAAGAAAGAAAAUUAUUAGAUAGUGUUAGUGGAUAUUGUAUUCCAGGUACUUUAACUGCAUUAAUGGGAGAAUCAGGUGCUGGUAAAACUACAUUAUUAAAUACUUUGGCUCAAAGAAUUGAUUUUGGUACAAUUACAGGGGAUAUGUUAGUAAAUGGUAAACCAUUAGAUUUAUCUUUUAGUCGUAGAACAGGUUAUGUUCAACAACAAGAUAUUCAUGUUUCUGAAGUAACAGUUAGAGAAUCAUUACAAUUUGCAGCAAGAUUAAGAAGAUCAAAAGAUGUAAGUGAUCAAGAAAAGUUAGAUUAUGUUGAAAAAAUUAUUGACAUAUUAGAUAUGAAAAUGUAUGCUGAUUCAAUUGUUGGUAGAUCAGGUAAUGGAUUGAAUGUUGAACAACGUAAAAAAUUAUCAAUUGGAGUUGAAUUAGUUGCUAAACCUUCCUUGCUAUUAUUUUUGGAUGAACCAACUUCCGGUCUUGAUUCUUCUAGUUCUUGGGCUAUUGUUAAAUUAUUAAGAGAUUUAGCAAAUGUUGGUCAGUCCAUAUUAUGUACUAUUCAUCAACCAUCAGCUACUUUAUUUGAACAAUUUGAUAGAUUAUUACUUUUAAGAAAAGGUGGACAAACUGUUUAUUUUGGUGAUAUUGGUGAAAGAUCUAAAACUAUAUUAAGCUAUUUUGAAAAAAAUGGUGCAAGACAUUGUGAAGAUGAUGAAAAUCCAGCUGAAUAUAUUUUGGAAGCUAUUGGAGCUGGUGCAACUGCUGGUGAAGUUGCAAAUUGGUUUGAAAUUUGGUCAAAUUCUCCUGAAAAAAUUGAAACUGAUAAUAAAAGAGAUCAAUUAAUUGAAGAAUUAAAAAAUAAACCAUCUGAUUUAUCUGAAAAGGAAGAAAAAGAUUUAAGUAAUAAAUAUGCUACUCCUUAUUGGUAUCAAUUUCGUUAUGUUUGUGAAAGAAAUGCAUUAACUUUUUUCAGAGAUCCAGAAUAUAUAAUGGCAAAAUUAUUUUUAAUGACUAUUAGUGGAUUAUUUAUUGGUUUUACAUUUUUUGGAUUAAAACAUACUAUAACAGGUGCAAGAAAUGGAUCAUUUUGUGCAUUUAUGGCAGUUGUUGUUUCAGCUCCUGUUAUAAAUCAAAUUCAAGAAAAAGCAAUAAAUGGUAGAGAUUUAUAUGAAGUUAGAGAAAAAUUAUCAAAUACUUAUCAUUGGUCAUUAAUGAUUCUUGCUCAAAUAUUAAAUGAAAUGCCUUAUUUAGUAAUUGGUGCAACUUUUAUGUUUGUUUCAUUAUAUUUCCCAACUCAAGUUGAUAUUAGAGCUUCUCAUUCUGGUAUGUUUUAUUUUACUCAAGGUAUAUUUUUACAAGGAUUUGCUGUUAGUUUUGGUUUAAUGGUUUUAUAUAUAGCACCAGAUUUACCAAGUGCAGCAGUUUUAGUAUCAUUUUUGUAUACUUUUGUUGUUGCUUUUUCAGGUAUAGUUCAACCAGUUAAUUUAAUGCCUGGUUUCUGGACAUUUAUGUAUAAAUUAUCACCAUAUACUUAUUUUAUUCAAAAUUUAAAUUCUUCAUUUUUAGAAGGUAGAUCAAUAAGAUGUGAUGAAAAAGAAUUAUCAUUUUUUAAUCCACCAAAUGGUGAAACUUGUGGUCAAUUUGCUUCAGAUUAUAUUAAAAGAGUUGGUGGAUAUAUAACUAAUCCUGAUUCAACUUCAAAUUGUGGUUAUUGUCAAUAUAGUAAUGCUAAUGAAUAUUUAUUAACUGUUGGAGCUAAAUUUUCAUUAAGAUGGAGAAAUGUUGGGUUCUUUUUUGUUUAUAUAUUUUUUAAUAUUUUCAUUUGUAUGGCACUUUAUUAUUUGUUAAGGUAUAGUAGGUUUACUACAAAAGUAUAUGAAAAAUUUAGUUUAUUGAUACCUAAAAAGAAAAAAUAA